GUUCAAUCAUCGUUGGUUGGCUUCAACCACCGUGUAUAUUUAUUCGAAAUUUCAUUGGAAACAAGAUUGUCAUAGAAAGAGGCGGGCGCAUCUUGAGUUGCAGGGCAGAGAAGAAGCAGCGAACAUUCUGGAUGCUGCUUCAAACUGCUUCAAAACCUUGUGGCCCACCCUGGCGUUCAUGUACUCAACCGGAUGCAACUGCGAAACAAGGAAGUGGCAAAUUACAGCAGAGAUUGCUUUGCAUUAAAUUACUUUCUUCUUCUGUUUGUGUUUGCUGGCGUCAAUAGCUCAAGGCCGUUAGCAGACUAUACGUUGGCAGCUUCAUCCACAACUACCGACAGGAGCUCGCUAGAUACCCUGCUUUGACUACAGUAUAACUAUGGAAUUCUGCCCCACAUGUGGCAAUAUGCUUCAAGUUGAGCUUCCAUAUAUGAGGCAAGAAUUGCGCUUUUUCUGUCCUACUUGCCCAUAUAUCUUUCCAAUCCGACGCAAGAUUACCAAAAAAACCCCUCUUUCCAAAAAAGAGGUGGAUGAUGUGCUCGGUGGAGAGGAUGCCUGGAAGAAUGUUGAUCGUACAGAAGCCAACUGCCCCAAAUGUAACUAUGGCCAAGCAUAUUUCAUGCUAAUUCAGAUCAGAUCAGCAGAUGAGCCAACGUCAAUAUUCUACAAGUGCUGUAAUAAUCAGUGCCAGUUCAGGUGGCGUCAGGAUUGACACCUCCUGUGUUGCACUACUAAUGUUUAAAAUGAGCAUACAUUGCUCCAUUGUACCAUACGAUACAAAUAGAACAAAAAAACAUUAGUUAUUUUAAGUCACGUGUUGAUUAUUUUACGUCUGAGCACGAAUCUGGCCCAUGUUUUAUCUUAGUUUUCAGGAACCAGAGAAGGUUGAUUGCAAGUAUUAUAGAUGAUGUCGUUGCAAGAUAGAUAGAUGUUUCGUGAUUAUCUAUUUGAACUUUGAAUGGGGAUUCCACUGAGACUUAUUUGUCAACAACAGAAGUCUUGAUUAAUUAUUCUAUGUUUUCUGCAUUUUAGUUGUAAGGCGCUUACCAUUUGUAGUA